AUGAAGCCUUCUACUCACAUUGCACCCCCACAAGCCUCCACGGCGGAGACAUCGGGCGAGAAAGAGACACCAGAUCUUCCACAAUCUACACCACCUGCAGAUGAAGAUGUCUCACAUGAUCCGUUCCACGACCUGAUCCCCGGCUACCCCAAGCUUGCUGGACGCAUGGGAAUUAUGCCAGAGAUUGGCAUGUUUAGAAGAUUUGGUGCAUUAAAUGCGCGCAACCUACUCUACUACCAGAACGAAUUAGCGUACCUAGAAGAUCGGCUAAAGGAGGUUGAGGCUGAAGACGCGGAGAGCUCAGAGGGGAAGAAGGCGAUGUAUAGCCACGACGCUUAUUGGCUCAAUACCUCGAACCGCACAACGGACGACGAGCCCCGAGACGGCGAUAUGAGACAAAGAGAGCUUGUUCUGCACGAUGCACUCAUCCAACAGGCCACUAUACUCCAAACCAUGAAGGAGCCCGAUGCCUUCGACCUCGACGAUAUCCAACGCUUCUUAGCCAGUGACCAUAUGAAAGUACUCGCAGGUCUAGACGGGACUAUCUGGGGUUCUUUUAAGCGACCAAAAGAUUACAGUAGAGAGCUUGUGGUCCUCCGGGGCCGAAAGGAUAUGGAUACCUUCUCACGAAAGAUUGGUGCGAGAGCCAUCGAUUGGAUUACAAAUCUCGGCGGCAGACGUUGGAAGAAAGUCGACGUUCGUUUUGGAACCAUUGCAGUUCAUGAGGCUACAGUCUUCCAGUUCACCUUCUGGGUUACCAGCGCCAUCGCAUCAAUCUUACCCGUUGUUUCCAUCAUCAUACUGGUGAACACGAACUCACUGAACGGAAGACUAGCGAUCAUUGCAGCCUUCAAUGUUCUCACAUCAGUGUGUCUAACGGUGUUCACCGAUGCGCGAAGAACUGAUGUAUUCGCGGUCACUGCUGCGUGA